UUAACAUGUCAUCCUGCAUGUGAUCCAAUGGAGAACUCUGAGGAUAGAUGUUUAGUCAUUAUUUGCAAUAAGUUGUUUUUAACUGCCUAAGUUUGAAGAGUCUGUUGUUUGGAGUUUGAUGUUUCACAUUUUUGGUCACUGUUGGACAUCCGUCUGUUGGACAUCUGCCUUUCAUCUCCAAUGUUCCCCUCAUUCCAGUAAGAGUUGGUGUUCAUCGCGCGUUAGAAGACGGAGGUGCCUUCGAAUGGUCAGUCUCUGCCACACCGACGCGUGGCCAUCAUCAAACGAGACAGCGCCUGUCCUCGUUCAGAGGUGAGCCUCAUCAGCACCUCCUCGGCUCUGUUCGUGUGCGUCCUUUAAACAUAUCCGCGCUCUCUAGCAGGAGGCAGUCCCUGCCUGCGCGCACCACGACAGGAGCGCAUCGGAGCUUUGCGGUCCUUCUCUGCCUUUUGGCGCAACACGUUGUCCAGAAGAAAACUCCACACUACUGGGAUGAGAUGCUUUCCAACUCGAAACGGAUAAAGCAAACUUGGGGGAAUGCGGGAAGAUGAAGCUCAGUCUGGCAAGAACGCAGAAAUAUUUUUGAUCUAUUAAGACUGAGGCGACGCAUAAAACCAGUUACAGGUGGGAUGCCUUAAUCUGAGUCAAGCGUCAUGGAGUCCUGGGCUUUUCCGUCAUGUUCUCCAAACUGCUCAGAGCAUGUCAUGUACGACAGCCUCGUGCAGGGCAACGAUUCUUCGCAGAGUCGGAACCACACGGACGACAGCUUCUCCAGAACCAGCACGGUGGUCAUCACCUGCUUGUACUUCCUGGUUUGCGCUGUGGGUCUCUGUGGCAACGCCCUCGUCAUCUACGUGAUCCUGCGCUACGCCAAGAUGAAGACGGUCACCAACAUCUACAUUCUCAAUCUGGCAGUGGCAGAUGUGCUCUUCAUGCUGGGCUUGCCCUUCAUCGCCCUCCAGCUGGCACUGGUCCACUGGCCGUUCGGGCCCGUUCUCUGCAGGAUUGUGAUGACUGUUGAUUCCCUGAACCAAUUUACUUCUAUUUUCUGCCUGAUGGUAAUGAGUAUCGACCGCUACCUAGCUGUGGUGCAUCCCAUUAGGUCCACAAAGUGGCGGAAGCCUCGUGUGGCUAAGACUAUCAAUGUGGCAGUGUGGGGAGUGUCGCUGCUGGUUAAUCUGCCAAUUGUUAUCUACAGUGGCAUAAUUAUGAAGCACGACAGCUGCUUUUGCACCAUUGUGUGGCCUGAGCCUCAAGAGGCUUACUACACUGCGUUUAUGUUCUACACCUUCAUCCUGGGCUUCUUCCUGCCCCUCAUGGUCAUCUGCCUUUGCUACCUGUUUAUCAUCAUCAAGGUGAAGUCUUCAGGCAUCCGCGUGGGCUCCUCCAUGAGGAAGCGCUCCGAGAGGAAGGUAACCAGGAUGGUGUCCAUCGUGGUGGCGGUGUUUGUCUUCUGCUGGCUGCCGUUCUACGUCUUCAAUGUGACCUCGGUGACGGGCACCAUCAGCACCACUCCCUUCCUCAGAAGCACCUUCGCCUUUGUCGUGGUUCUCGGAUACGCCAACAGCUGCGCAAACCCCAUCCUUUACGCCUUCCUGUCGGAGAACUUUAAAAAGAGUUUCCAGAAUGUGCUGUGUCUUAAAAAGGUUGGAGGGCUGGACGAGGUGGAGCGCAGCGACAGCAAGCAGGACAAACCUCGCCUGAUGAAUGACCCCACAGAGACCCAAAGCACCCUGCUAAAUGGAGACCUGCAGACAAGCAUCUAAAAAGACGUUAGGACUUUGUUUUCAGGUGCCAAACAGACUCUAUGGACACGUCAAAGCACUAGUAGAAGUUUGGUGGCCCCGAUGGAAAAACUUUUGUAACAAAACCAAGGAAAUAGUGUCGGUGAACUGCAGGUGGAAUUUGUUGACACCUCCCAGUCCUCAGAGCGAUGAGUCACAGUAACAGAUACCACACUCUUGCAGCUUGUCCCCGGGGCAAUAGGGCUUUUCCCUGGAGACCCAGGAUUAUGUCGUUAGUUUACAGCAGAGAGGUGGUUCCGGUGUUCAUGUGUCUGCACGGUCAGAAAAGCCCAAACAGAACCGAGUAGUGUUAUUUCACUACAGCUUGCCAUUUCCUGAAAGGUCAUUCGUCUGUAAAUAUUCUUAAUUCAUUAAAUGUUUUCUACAUAUGUGAACUGUUUUUUUUUGUGGUAUAAAUAUUAAAAAGAAAAAAGUAUCAAUGUGCAGGAAGUGACUACAUUCAUAGUCUUGUGUCACAGCCGAACCCAACAUCCACGCACAACGUAAAGCUGCUAAAAUCUCCUAAACCAGCCUGAACGUCCUGCAGUGUUAAACAGAAUGAUGUCUUUUACGUUUGGAAAUAAAAGAGCGUGGAGUUCUUCAGCUGCUGUCAUUUUUUGCAGUUGUUUUCAGGAACCUUUUCCUUUGAGAAAAAAAAAUGGCGGAUUGUGUUACACUGAAUUAUUCAGCAUGGAUCCAUUGUGGCACCAUGUUUUCCGUGGCCAUGUUAUAUCAGAGCAUGAAACCUGUCCAAAUAAUGUUUCAUCAAUGAUUAAUUCUUCCCCUCCUCCUUUCCCGCCUGCCCAUCUGUAAGAAGCCACCUCAUCUCUGAGCACAAUUUCCAUUGAGUUGGGUCACGGCCAGCAAAGGAGCACAGAUUUACGGAUUUGUGAAAAGCUGGGUGAUACAUGAGUUGCUGUCGUUUGUGUGCUUUCUUUGAAUUUUAAAGGGCCUGAACUGCCGCGUCACAACUUUCUUGUAAUCCAUAGCCUGUCAUGCUCUCUGACACUAGAUGACAAUGUUAAUUUGUGAAGGGCUAGAACACUUCUCCAAUAGCAGGUUUCAGUGUUCCCAUAUCAAUGUAGAGCCGCUUGGCCAAAGAGUCCGCGCUUCAUCCUUGACAACCUUUCUGUUGCUAUAGUUAGAUUACAAUCUGUGCAGUUUAUUUACUCUACUUGAACAGGCUUCUACAUCAAGGCUACUGAAAGACGUUUAAAAACCCUGCGAGCAUGAGUCCCAACAAGCAUUCAGCUGCAGAAAUGCAAUGUAAAUAUGCAUUUGUACCAGUAUAAGCAUCUAACUUGAACUCCAUACUUAACCUUACUUUGCAUUCAAUCUCUACGGUACACUUUAGUGAAGCUGAAAGAUGGUGUGCCUCUGGUGUCCUGCAUUUCUAUAGCAACAGUAACAAUUACACAGAAAUGUAUUCAUCUGUAGAAGAAAUUAUUUCAGUUGUACCACAGGACUAAAAGUAAAUCAUAAUAUUGUCUACAUUGUGGUAAUUAGUGGUUCAAAAUGUAAGACUGUGGAAAGAAGAUAUUUUAGAAGCAUAUAUGACACAAUGUAUUGCUUAGUUUUGUGUAUAAAGCCUACUUUUUGUAACGCUUAUUAAUAUAAUGUAGACUUUAUUUAUUUUAGGUAAUUGUUUUUCAGAGGAUUUUGUUCUAGUGUUUUUUUUUAUUAAAUGUUUCUGUAUGAAGAUGAAUAUGAAGUUGUUUGUGCCGCCUCUGCUUUGUUUACAUUCCAGCAAGCUUGAUUAGGAAAGUUUGUGCACACACGUUAAUCUGAAUAAAUUCUUUAACACGGAU